AUUCAAGAUUUGGAAAAUACUAGAAAAUACUGCCAUAGCAGUGGGUCAGCUGUUCCCGAACCGUUCGUUAAUUAGCUAAAACUGAAAUGGCUGAUCUGGUGAGAGGAGAAGCCUCUGAAUCCGAUGAGGAGCUGCAGGACCAGCACAAGAUUUUUGCAGCAGAGGUUCCAGGGGAGGCAACCGAGGAGGAUGACGACGAUGAAGACAUCUACGAGCAGAGGCGGAGCACCCAUGUGUCGUCCAGCACAGCCUCGAUCUAUCGCAACAAUCUGCUGCAGCGCAAACUAAUUGAAAACAACAUUGCCAUUUGGAGAGCUCUGACAGCGCUGACACGCAAUCUUGUGGUGAACGCCUCCAAGCAGUUGCUGACCACUGACCAAAUGCUCAUUAAGUCACAGUUGUCCAUGCAGUCGGCCCACACGUCCCUGCAGCAGGCCCAGCGCCAUGUCAGUGAGUUGCAGUCCCGGACGGCGGCCGUGAUGGCUGGCGGCAGUUUCCUGCCGCAUAUAAAUAUAAGGAAUGCGUGAGAAUUGACUACAAACACACAAAUUUAUUAAUAAACGAACAAAUAUAGGCUAA